AUGGCCGAACUCUUAGUGGAUGCUUACUUGACCGAGCACGGCGACAGACCCGGACCAAUGGAACCAACCUUCAAAUACCUUGCCUGUGCACAGCUGCGCCUUUUCCUCAUUGGCGGACACGAUACGACUUCUAGUGCACUAGUCUACACAUACCACCUCCUGUACGAAAAUCCGGGGCCACUCGCCCGUCUCCGAGCCGAACACGACGAGGCCCUUGGCGAAGACAUAGCAGAGGCCGGCGCCCGUAUAUCGGCGGACCCUACAUUGCUGAACAAACUGCCCUACACAAAUGCCUGCAUCAAGGAAACUAUGCGAAUCUUCCCACCAGCAUCUGCCAUGCGCGUCGGCACACCUGACAUUGUGCUGACAGACCGCAACGGGACACAGUAUCCUACUGCCGGUUGCAAUGUAUGGUCAUUGCAUCUGGCCAUGCAUCGCAGCCCUAAACUGUUCAAGGAACCCCGGAGCUUCAUUCCCGAACGCUAG